AUGGAUUCACAAGAAGAGGUUGAAUGGUGUGACAAAGAGAAGAGCAAUGGAAAUGGUGUUCGCUUUUCUUUGGUGGAUUUUGUGAAGGAGGAUGAUGAUUGCAGCUGGCGUGUUCGUGCAGAGGGCUUAACUGGUUCAUCUUAUUUUAUCAUCAAAAAGUAUGUAGCUCAUCAUUCAUGUUCUCCAUCCAGAAGGAACGGUUCUGUUCGGACAGCUUCAGCAAAAACAAUUGGUACUCUGAUUAUGCAUAUGUAUGAAACUGCUAAAGAAGGGCCGAGAUCUAAUGAUAUAGUCCAGUAUAUGCGUUCAGAACAUGGAGUUGAGAUAUCCUAUUCUUUGGCAUGGGAUGCACGUGAGUAUGCAAUCAACAAAGUGAAAGGCCUUCCAGAGGAAGGCUAUGAAAAAAUUCCCAAAUACUUGCACAUGAUGAGGGAAGCUAAUCUAGGGUCACACACGUCUUAUGAAAGGGAUUCUAAAGGGAGAUUCAGAUUCCUCUUCAUCUCCUUUGGUCAGAGUCUUCGCGGUUUCUAUGCUGCAAUUCGGAAAGUUAUUGUUGUGGAUGGGACGUUCUUGAAGAGCAAAUACAAAGGAGUAUUACUGGUUGCUACUGCAUUAGAUGGAAACUCGAAUUUAUAUCCUAUUGCAUUUGGAGUUGUCGACUCAGAGAAUGACCUCGUGUGGAACUGGUUUAUGAGACAACUUAAUGUGGUAAUUGCUGACGAGCAUAGUUUAGCUUUUGUGUCUGAUAGGAAUUACUCAAUUGCUAAAGCUAUUGCUAACGUGUACCCGCAAUCUCAUCACAGAAUUUGCAUUCACCAGUUGCUGAAUAAUGUUGUAACAUAUUUUAGUGGGAAAUGUGUGGCUGGUUUGGUUGCAAAGGCUUCUAAAGCUUAUCGAGCUGCUGAUUUUUGUAAGUUGUUCACUGCUAUUUACUCUAUUAGUCCUGAAAUUGGAAAUUAUCUCAUAGAAGCCGAUAUGAGGAAGUGGGCUCGUUGUCAAUUCCCGGGUUACAGGUAUGAUAUCAACACCACUAACCCUGCGGAGUCGAUAAAUUCUGCUUUGCGUACGCCUAGAGAGUUUCCAGUAAUACCUCUAUUGGACAACAUUAGGAAAAUGAUGACUCGAUGGUUUUUUCAACGUAGAACUUUAAGUUCUAAGCACUCGAAGCCACUGACCAUUACUGUGGAGAAGAAGAUUGACAGAAGGAUUGAGAAGGGUAAAAAGUUUAAGACGCACGUGUUCUUGUGGGAGUUUGAUCUGAUGAAAAUCCCAUGCAAGCACGCCAUAAAAGCAGGCUUCAGUGUUGGAAUACAAGCACACACACUCACAGACGACAUAUACACUACUGCGUCAUGGCACACGACUUAUGAAGAAAGCAUAAAUCCUAUUGGUGUCCCUGAAGAUGCUUGGACUGUUCCAUCUCAUGUGGAGCAGACGAAAGUCCUUCCUCCAGAGUCUAGACGAGCUGCAGGUAGAAGAAAGAAACGCAGAUAA